AUGUCUAGACGAUACGACGGGCGUACGACAACAUUUUCGCCCGAAGGUCGCCUAUUUCAGGUAGAAUACGCUAUGGAGGCCAUUAACAAUGCAGGGUCAGCUGUAGGUAUUCUUGCGAAAGAUGGCAUUGUGAUUGCAGCGGAGAAAAAGACGAUAUCGAAGCUGCUGACACCUAGCAAAACUAGCGAAAAGACGAUAAAGCUAGACGAGCAUCUAAUUUGUGCCGUAGCUGGUCUUACGGCUGAUGCCGAAAUACUUGUCAACUACGCGCGUUUGUCGGCGCAGCGCUACGAGUUGGCAUACCAGGAGAAGGAGCCAUGUGAGCAAUUGGUGCAGACCGUAUGCAAUUACAAGCAGGCAUACACCCAGUUUGGUGGACAGCGCCCUUUUGGUGUGUCCUUUUUGUACGCUGGCUGGGAUCGCCACCACGGCUUUCAGUUAUACCACAGCGAUCCCAGUGGAAAUUACGGCGGCUGGAAGGCUACCGCCAUUGGCGCCAAUAAUCGUGCUGCUAAGAGCAUGCUGAAGAGCGAAUAUGAGGAGGGCAUGACGGUGGAAGCAGCGCUGGCGUUUUCAGUAAAAGUCAUGAACAAGACUAUGGACUCGACCACUCCAAGCGCAGAAAAGCUUGAAUUCACAACAGUCACGCGUGGUGCCAAUGGUAAAGUUGUACACCGCCAACUCACCGAGAAGGAGACGGAUGAACUAUUACAAAAGGCGGCUGUGGACACGGCAUCUUCGGGUGACAUGUAA